UGGCGGUCGGGAACGGGGGGGUGGAGGCGGCAACAUUGUUUCAAGUUGGACAAAUUGACAAGAGCGAGAGAUACACAGCGUUCCAUCGCGCCCUGGGGCCUCGGUGCGGGGUCCUGUUUCCCGCCCCUCCGCCCACGAGAGCCCGCUCCCGCUUUCUGCAGGGUUCCCAGGCCCCCCGGCUCUAGGGCCGGGCGGACCCGGCUCGCUGGCGCUUCAUGGAGAACUUCCAAAAGGUGGAAAAGAUCGGAGAGGGCACGUACGGAGUGGUGUACAAAGCCAAAAACAAGCUGACGGGAGAAGUGGUGGCGCUCAAGAAAAUCCGCCUGGACACUGAGACUGAAGGUGUACCCAGCACUGCCAUCCGGGAGAUCUCUCUGCUUAAGGAGCUUAACCACCCCAAUAUCGUCAAGCUGCUGGAUGUCAUCCACACGGAAAACAAACUUUACCUCGUUUUUGAAUUCCUGCACCAAGAUCUCAAGAAAUUCAUGGACGCCUCUGCUCUCACUGGCAUUCCUCUUCCCCUCAUCAAGAGCUAUCUGUUCCAGCUGCUCCAAGGCCUAGCGUUCUGCCAUUCUCAUCGGGUCCUGCACCGAGAUCUGAAACCUCAGAAUCUACUUAUCAACGCAGAGGGCUCCAUCAAGUUAGCCGACUUUGGACUAGCCAGAGCCUUUGGAGUGCCUGUUCGUACUUACACCCACGAGGUGGUGACCCUUUGGUACCGAGCCCCUGAGAUCCUCCUGGGCUGCAAAUUCUACUCCACAGCCGUGGACAUCUGGAGCCUGGGCUGCAUCUUUGCUGAGAUGCACCUAGUGUGUGCCCAGCACCAUGCUGGGUGCUGUGGGGAACACAGAAGAAAUGGAAGACACAGUCUCUGCCCGCUGUGCUCCUAUCUAGAAGUGGCCGCAUCCCAAGGAGGGGGGAUGACCGCAGUGUCUACCCCACAUCCCGUGACCCGCCGGGCCCUGUUCCCUGGGGAUUCUGAGAUUGACCAGCUCUUCCGGAUCUUCCGGACUCUGGGGACUCCAGAUGAGGUGGUUUGGCCAGGAGUUACUUCAAUGCCCGAUUAUAAGCCGAGUUUCCCCAAGUGGGCCCGGCAGGAUUUUAGCAAAGUUGUGCCUCCCCUGGAUGAAGAUGGACGGAGCUUGUUAUCGCAAAUGUUGCACUAUGACCCCAACAAGCGGAUUUCGGCAAAGGCAGCUCUGGCUCACCCCUUCUUCCAGGAUGUGACCAAGCCAGUACCCCAUCUCCGACUCUGACGUCCUGGCCCAAGUUCCUCAUCCCCCGGUGUCACCCACUCCUCCUGGUAUGGGCUUGAUCCAGCAUGGCCCUCCCUGGCUGUUUGGGCGCAGGUGGAGGCCCUCUGACCCUGUCCAGCAACCGUGACACUCCCCUGCCCCUGCUGGCCUGCCGACGCUGGGCAUAGAAGGGUUGAGGGAGGAAUGGGUGGGAAUGAAAGGAAGUUUCAGUGUCCCGUGCAUUUAUGUCAGUGUCACCACCCGCUCCCCUCCUUGUAGUCCUUGCUGAGAAGGGCUCGUCUUUGAAAAUAACAGAGCUGACUGUUCUCUCCCAGUCUCUGAAUGCCCCGUAAUUAUUAUCCCAUGUGUUUGGGCCCCCAAGCCUCCUGUGGCCACUAGUUUUGUAAAGGUCAACUACUAACAGGGUUGGCUAAGCUGGAACUUUGGAGAAAGGAGCAGGAAGAACACCACAGGGAGGAAGUGUUCUUAAAGAAUUUGGUUAAAACCACUCUUGGUUUGCUGUUUCACCUCACCUGACAGGUGGGCAGACUCAAGACUAGCCCCCCCCCAAAAAAAAAAAAAAAGACUAGGCCCCGAGGGGAGGCCUGCAGGAGAAAUGCCAGCACCCAGCCCCUCUGUCUGCCCCGGCUGUGGGCCCAAGGACUUGAAGGCUCUUAACACAGGCACUGUGCCUCCCUCCC